AUGCAAUCUUGGAUUUUUACAGGAACGGAAACCGACUUUUUCGCUGGACAUCGUGCUUGUCCCUGCUUGGAAGGCCAUUACAGAACUCAUCUCUUCGACAAGUGUCUUACAUGUGGCCGAAGCGGGCUGCUAUGCCAAGAUGAGUACGCCUCACUAAAACCUGGCUUUUGGUGGCAAUGGCGGAACGAGUCCUAUAAACAUCGCUAUGAAUAUUUCAUGAAAAAUCUCGCCCGGGAGCUACCUGCAUUGGAUGAUUUCUCAGUGCAGUAUCCUUAUGCAAUACCAACACCAUACAGAUGUCAGGUAGAGGAGUCUUGCAAAGGUGGUUUGGACUCACCAUGCGGAGAAGGCUAUCAAGGUCCGCUUUGUGCUGUAUGCAAUCCAGGGUACCACAAACAAUUUCACUCUUGCGAAAAAUGUCCUUCACGGGCUUGGAUUGUAGGACAACUCUCUCUCAUUGCUGCUAUUAUAGCGAUAUUUUUGACCCUUAUAGUUUGGAGAAAGAAAAAUAAUCUUUCAAAGGACCGGGGACUCUCUUGUUUUGACAAUUUGUUGUCAAAGCUUAAGAUCUUGAUUGGUUUUUAUCAAGUCACUCAUGGCUUGCUAGAUGUGUUCUCGUUCAUUGAAUGGCCAGAUUCAUUGCAGGUUGUGUCCAAAUAUUCAGGAAUUUUACAGAUGAAUUUGCUUCAGGUAGCACCGGUUCACUGCCUUAAUCACAAAUUACACGUGGAUGCCUUUGGAGAUUUGUUUGUGCUAUUGUCAAUGAAUGCCAUGGUUAUUGUUGGUUCGUGUGUGAUCUAUGGUUUUUGGUAUAUGAUGAUCUCAAGAAAACAGGGACUGGAGGAGGACGAAAGGCCAAGCAAAAUUUCACAAGGGAAAGUUCUUCUUUACAGAAACGCUUUUUUCUUCCUGUACGUGACAUACCUAAGCACCUGUUCGAGGACAGCCAGUGUCAUGCCGUUCGCCUGCCAGAAACUCUGCAAAGACAAAAGAGAAGAGUUAUGUGACGAGUACCUUAAAGUAGAUUACAGCAUAAAAUGCCAAGGAGCAAAUUACAAUCAUCUUGUGAUCGUAGCUUAUGUUUCAGCUGCAUACAUCAUUGCUUUACCUGCUCUUUCUCUCGUCGCACUUUGGAGGCAUCGGCGAACAAUCAUAACCAAGAAAGACAGUGAUAAUGGCUCUGAUCCAGAAGUUGUUGACGGAUUGCGAUUUCUCUUUGAAAAUUACAAACCUUGUUCUUGGUACUGGGAACUGAUUGAAAUGUCCCGCAAAUUCAUUCUUACGUGCGGCCUCAUUCUCGUGGGUCAAGAAAGCAGAUCCUUCAUUGGAUUGGCCUGGGUUGUUGCCGGUAUGUAUGCAGUGCUUUUCUGCUGGAUCAAACCCAUGCAAGACACUUUUGAGAACAGACUGAUGUCCACUUCUCUUGCCGUUACACUUGUAAAUCUGGGUAUCGGUGCUGUGAGCAGAAUUCCGACUGAGAACAUAUUAAACAUGGCGGACCAUCACAAGGACGCUUUGGCAAUGAAAAUACUGAUUAUUGGAGCGAAUACGUUGGUGAUUGGCCUCCUUGUUGGUAAGAUAAACAUCAAUUUCAUGGAAAGAAACUCAACUGCAACUUUUAUAUGUUGCUUUGUGUUGUCCGAUAUAUUAACCACAGUUGUGUCAUAUCAUUCACAUUAAAGGUAGCCUUAUCGUAUCUCCAGUUUAUUUCAACAGCAACUAACCAUUGAAAUAAAACGCACAAUAAGAGUUUGGUCUUUCGAUAGAGCUCAAUUUAUUUGGUUAAAAAUUGAAACUACGUUACAGGCUUCUAUGGUUUGUAAUUCCACACCUUAUGAGAUUUUUACAGCUAAACAGAGAAAGUUUAAUUCUCUGGUCAAUCAUUUUCUUCCUAGUUCAGUACUUGGCAUACUUACAUCAGGUCUUCAAAGAGUGGCGCAAAAAUCCAAAAUGGUCCUUUUCUUGUUGCCUGGCCUUGCUUCUUCCAUUUAAUGACCUACAAGGCGAGAUACGUGGGAUGGUUGGCAAAAACAUGCUUAAAACACAACUUCAGUCAGGGAUCAUUGGGAAGCCCUCCAUUGCGGCCAGUGCAAAAGAUACUGGAGCAUUGAGUUUUUCUCCAAGCCAUGAAGACAGGGAAAGACAAGAAAGAAGUUCAGUAAAAUCCAGAGUGACUAGAUGCAGCAACACUAAAUGUGACCGUGGGACUCAAACAGAAAUAAUCGCACCGGCAUCUGCCGCUACCGCUGAACAUGCACAAGUAUCAUGGAAAGCGUGCCGGCAGAUAACCAUGUGAGUACAUGGCUAGUAAUUCCUGUUUUCGAUUGUUUGUUUGUUUUUGUGUUUUGGGUGAUGGCGAUGUUGUUUCAGAGACAACGUCCACUAAACUGGUCUAGUAAAUCUCUUAAGAAGCGUCCCUGCUAAAGAUAGACAUUUGAAUAAGAUUCUGCGCGACAUGGCUUUACAAAAAAAGGCCAUCCUACCUAAGCUGAUAUGGGUGAUGCAAAGUCGUCUCCCCUACUCUUAGCAUUGACCUACAUGUUAUAAUAAUGACGGGUUGAAAUAAAUAUGUAACGUAUGCAACUUCUUCCAGACUAUAGGCCGACUGACCUCUUUAUUUCGUUCGUGAAAGAGAGGUACAAAAGUGAACUUUUUUUUACACUUGUACAUCUUUAGAAUCUGCCAACCUGUAUUCUUGGUUAGUCGUAGACAUACGAUAUGUUGGUGAUCCUUCAUUUGAUUCAUAAGAGAAAAUAUAAUGGACUCUCUAAUUUGUGACAUAGAUUCUAUUGCUAGACAUUUUCAAGGCUUGUCUUUCUUUUCGGAGGCAUUGAGAAUUAGCCCCUACGUACGCUGGCCAGUUACCGUGCAUUUUUCUUCGUUGUUUUUGUCACAUAUGCUACAACCUAAAUGCACUUAAAUUACUUUAUAUGUUUAUGUAAAAGAGACACAAGGAUCCAAUCGCUCUGACAAAUGGCUAACGCUCGAAACGUCAGCCUUUAAACUCUUUACAGUGGCCAAUUUACGUUUUCAACUCAGUUGAUAACACUUACUCACCCUUUGAAAAAUUGCAUUUUUUUACAGGACUCGGCACUCUGUCCAUCACAUACCACUUGCUGAAGCAGAGGAAGCCACUUCAAAAGACGAAAAGACCGACAGGAAUAAUGGAGAAUAA